CUGGACCCACAGGAAUUACGAAUGCGGGAUCGAACCCCAGUUCAAAUGCCCACACUGUUCUCACAGGGCGAAACGGAAGGGCAAUCUCAAAGUCCACAUAAUGAACAUGCAUAUGAGCAUAUAGCCGUCGUAGGCUCUGUCGGUCACGUUCUCAUGCCUGUUUCUCUAUUCUCCAGCCCCCAGGAAGAAGUACGACUGUCCGAAUUGCAACCGCAGCUACACCAACUCGUCGACGUUGUGGAACCACAGGAAGUUCGAGUGCGGCCAAGAGCCGAAAUUCGCCUGCCCGUCGUGCCCUUACAAAGCCAAGAGGAUGGGGACACUGAGAACACACAUUUUCUGCCGGCACACGUCCAAGGAACACCUGCUCUGAGGAUGUUUCCCAGGCAAAAUACAAUUUUAAAACUGUUCUAAUAAUUUUAAACUCACAAUCCGACCGAUUCACUACCAGCAACCACAGGCAGACCACAAUAUUGACAAAACAACUGUCGACUAUACUUCCCAAAAAUAAGACUGUGAAGUGCUUAGAUCUUUUUUCAAAAAUUUAUAAAUGUAAAAUUAAAACCUUCUAUGUUAGACAAACAAAAAUGGAUUUUUGUACUUAUUGCCUAGUUCUAAGAAAAGUUAGCAUGUUAACAAAACAAUAAAUAAUACAUCUUAUUUUCAAUAAAGUUUGAUUUCGUAAUCCACGUCUUGAACGCUCUAGAAAAUGCAAGAUGCUAGGACAUCUUUUGAAAUGCACAGGGACCGAAUCAAGGGGUUCCUGGUCGAUCUUAUUAAAAAAUCAAAUAAACAAACAAUAUACAUAAUAAUUGUUCUAGAAUAUUUCCUACAAAUUAUUAUUCAACCCCUAACCCAAAUCUCCCGAAAAAACAUAAACAUACCGCCCAUCAAUAUUAAACUUUUCAUGAGUUAAAUGUACACCGGCACACCGGACCUCCUAUAUACAAUUUAUAUAGAAUAUGUGUUAUGUAUAUAUAAACCAUGAAAAAAAGCAAGAGUACGGGUAAUUACUGUCUAGCCUUGCCCAAGAAUACCGCCCACCAAUGUUAUACUUUUCACAGCCCAAAUUCACUCAGGCACAUCAGACCUUCUACGCACAAUUUAUAUCGAAUACGUACUAUAUACCUAUUAAUCACGAAAAAAAGCAAGAGUACGAGUAAUUACUGUCUAGCCUUGCCCAAGAAUGCCGCCCACCAAUAUUGUAUUUGUAUUAAUUACACGAAAACUGUAUUAUCUUUGGGUCUAUUUAAGUACGUGUCUCCGUAUAUAUUUUGACACGCAUAAAAACGCGCACACACUAUAUUUUUCGUAGGUUAGACGUUUUUAUCACGAGUAUUCAUUUUGUGUAUAGGUCCUAACUUUAUCCACGAGUAUUCUUUGUCAAUGGCAGACGAAGUAGGCCAACUGUUGAAACCUUGAUACAUAUUAUAUUUCGGAAUCAGCACUUUUGCAUCUGGUCGAUCAAUAAUUCAAUGUGAUUUUCAUAAUGAUUUGAUUUCCAGAACUUAUAGAACUCAAGAGCUAAGGCAGCAGUCGAGUGGAACCAACCGAAAACGAUUGGUAUUUUGAACAUUUUUGCGACUACAUGGCCAAAAGUUCAACCAUGGACAAUACCCACAUCCGCACGCAUUUCCCUUCUAAACUCAAGAUAAAUAACAAUGCUGGCUAGUGUUUCCUUGUAUACAAUCAAUUACGAACUGCCUUCUGUAAUAAAAUAAAGAUUUGCGGUUUUGUGCUUAUCCAAGGACUGAAGAUUAAAAGUUUUCGAGAAAGGAGGUCGAAUUUAUUGAUAUCUUCGACUCAGAUCCGAAACCUCUGCAGUGCUCGGGCUGCGGGAAGUGCUACAAAAACAAGAGGGUCCUCUGGAAUCACUUGAGAUAUGAAUGUGGUAAAGAGCCCUCUUUCUGCUGCCCUCUCUGCCCUCAUAAGUCAAGGAGAAAGGGGAACCUCAAAGUGCAUAUUAUAACUAAACACUCGGCAUUUUAACGGGAAAUAUACAGAAAAUGUAUGCCAUGUGUCUUUUUUUUUAAAUAAAAACCGAACAAUUUCAGGAGGACGACGUCCUUUGGUUCUUCGCUCUUUCACCGGAUCGUUCCUGCCUCCAGGAAUACGUGUGCCAGCACUGCUCCAAGGUGUACAAGUCGCGGCCGGGACUGUACAACCACCAGAAGUACGUCUGCGGUAAAGCGCCGCAGUUCCCCUGCCCGAUCUGCCCGCACAUCUCUAAGUACAAAGGGGACUUGAAGUCCCAUGUCGCACUUCGCCACAUGAAGUACACCUGAACUUAUGACUAAGGGGAAUAACACGAUUUCACCAGUAGCCAGUGCCUCGCCGAUCUUGACGAACAAUGUUUCUAUUUUUUAUUUUAUAAUUUUUUAUUGUAUCAUAACUAACAAAAGAAAAUAAUAAUAAAUAAAUACCGAACAAUCCUUAUUUAUAUUUUGUUAACUGUAAGUUUUAACUAUUUAAAUUGUGGUCAGAUUUUUUUAUUUUAAUAAAAUCUUUAAAAGUAUCCAUGGAGUAUUAGCGGUUUAGUCGAAGAUAUAUUUGGGUUUUAUUAUUACCCAUUUUGGGUAAAGCAACAGUAGAAAGUAUCAAAUUUCAAAAAUGCCAUCAUGCCGAUUUAUGUAAUGGGAAAGUAUUUCUCCAUAAAUUUACAUUAUUAAUAUGGAAAAAUAAAGUUCCUUUUUUUAUACUUACUGAAAUUGGUGUAGAAUACAUUAAAGCAUAGUAUCAUUAAACUAACCCCUUCGCCCCCGGAAAAACAAAUAGUUUGACUAUUUUCUGUUAAACCUGGGCCUGAACAUACCGCCCACCAUUUUUUUAUUUUCUGUUAGGUAAAUGCCAACGGGCACAUUCGUUCUAUUAUACAUAUCAAAUAAGCCAGGGAUAUAUACAAUGCAUGUAUGUGUUUACAUCCGUAUAUUCUACCGAGUACACAUAAGUAUUUUGUGUUUACAUUUAUGUACGAAGUUUGCCUGUAUUUUAGUAUAUAGUAAAACCGAGUUGACAGUGAUUUUUCCAAAACGCCCCUCCUUCGACAGAAUGACGGUUUGGAAAAUUUGAACCCUUCAUUUUGAUGCGAAAGGGGAAAAUGGCAAAAUAUCAACCUGCCUUUUUUCAACGGUCUAGGGAAUAAGGUUUAAAUUUUUGAUUUUCUUCUCGGCAUUACAUUAAUUUUCUAAAUCUUGUUGUCUUUCCUAAUCAAGGUCUGAGCUCGAAGAAGUUACUAAAUAUGGAGUUAUUUAGGAACAAGAGCAUGAACUGGUCAUCUGUAGUUGGAGUAAGCGAGGAAGUGUUUAUUUGUAAGGACUGCUCGAAGCCGUACAGGACAAAAGCGGGCCUGCACAACCACAGAAAGUACGAGUGCGGGAUCGAACCUCAGUUCAAAUGCCCCCAUUGCGCCCACAGGUCGAAGCAAAAGGGCAACCUGAAGACCCACAUCUCCAACGUCCACCCGGAACAGGCCCUGGGCGACAUGUACGACGCCGAAGACCAGUCGAACCGGCCCGUCUAUAAAUAUUUAAUCUCUUCUUUUGUUUUACAGGGCCAUCUAUUAAGAAACACGUCUGCGACAGCUGCCACAAGAGUUACAAAGAAAAAGUUGUUCUGCGACAAAUGCGACAAGCCGUACACGUCUCGCAGUGGUCUGUACAACCACAAGAAGUACGAGUGCGGUAAGCCUCCGGGCUUCACCUGCCGUCUCUGCGGCCACAAGACGAAGCUCAAAGGAAACUUAAAAGCCCACUUGAUCAAGAAGACGAUGUUCUGCGACAAAUGCGACAAGCCGUAUACGUCUCGCGGUGGUCUUUACAACCACAAGAAGUUCGAGUGCGGGAAGGAGCCUUCCUUCAGCUCUGGAACACCCGGUAACUUCUUCAAGUGCCCCGGCUGCUUCAACAGGUACAAAUCCAAGUCGGGACUGUACAACCACCUCAAAUACGACUGCGGUAAGGAGCCGCAGUUCAGCUGUCCGAUCUGCACUUUUAAAUCGAAAAGGAAAAGCAACCUGAAAGACCACAUACGGAAUAUACAUUCGGCACGAGAUCGUUCGGCCCACGGUCAGGAAAAGGUUUUUCAAAUUUCAAUCCCCGUCCAACGGGCUCUAUCGUCGUGUUGUCUAUUAUUAACGGACUUCUUUUUUCCCCCCUUUCAAGGUAGGAAGUUCGCCUGCAGUGACUGCGGACGGAGGUACAAGUACAAAGCCGGCCUGUACCAGCACAGAAAGCACGCCUGUGGGAAGAUAGCGAGCUUCAGCUGCCCUCAUUGCCCCUAUAAGGCCCUGAUGCGAUUUUCUCUCAACUCUCACAUUCUUUACAAACACACCACUUGUAUAAACUGCGCUGCCCCCGCCAAGAACUACUUCUGCGAACUUUGCGGAAGGGGCUACAAGUACAAGUCUGGACUUUACCAGCACAAGAAGCACGAGUGCGGGAAGGAUGUGAAAAUCUCCUGCCCACUCUGCCCUUACAGGACGCGGAUGAAGUUCAAUCUCAACACGCACAUCGCCGUCAAGCACGCCGGACACACGGACAGUCUUCUCCGAUAUUUCGGUAUCGAGACGGAAUUCCUUCUCAUGCCGUUUUUGCCAUUUUCAGGCACCAUCGAAUCGCUCAUAUUGAAAAUACCGGAGUACUUCCCUUGCGAAACGUGCGGCAGGAUCUACAAAUAUAGGCGGAGCCUGAAGCUUCAUCAGAGGUUCGAGUGCGGCAAAGAGCCCCAGUUUCAGUGCCCUUAUUGCCCUUACAAGGCAACUUACAAGGGAAAUCUAAAAAGCCAUGUCAUAUGCCGGCACACUAGUAAGCUUAGACAUCUUUGCACCUGCGGGAGAAAAUUUAAAUGCUUCGCUAUGUUGAAAUGGCACCAAAGAAAGGAAUGCGGAAGAAAGUUCGACUGUCCCAUGUGCACUAAGUCCUACAAAAGACGAUCAGAGCUUCAUUUCCACAUGAAAAUGAAACACUUGACAUCUAUGAUCGACCAUGAGGCACCGAAAUGUGUCAAGUUCGAAUGCGACAAAUGCCCUAGGAAGUACAAACACAGGGACAGCCUCAUCCGACACAAGAAGUUCGAGUGCGGGAAAGAACCGCAGUUCCAAUGCCCCGAAUGCAAUUACAAAUCGAAGCACAAAGCCAAUCUGAAAGCUCAUACCGAUCCAUUCUACAACGGGCGGAAACGGCUUAACAUGUUCUCUUUUGCAGCGCACCUGCCCAGGUUCACAUGCGAGAGGUGCAGAAGGAGCUACAAGUACAAAUGCAACUUGGUGCAGCACCAGAAGGUUGAGUGUGGCAAGCAGCCGAGGUUCAAAUGCCCCCACUGCCCCCACAUGACGAAAUACAAAAGCUCACUCAAGAAACACCUCGUCACUCAACACACGCCGUUUUUAAACAUUUGUCUGGUCGAAAGGAAGAAGUUCGGGUGCGACAAGUGCUACCGGAGGUACAAGUACCCCGAGGGUCUUUACAACCACAAGAAGUACGAGUGCGGCAAACCGCCACGGUUCGGCUGCCCGGUUUGCCCUUUCAGGUCGAAACUGAAAGCCAACCUCAAAACCCACAUCGCGGAAUCUGUUAAACAAUUCAAAUGCACCGGCUGCCAGAGGAGUUAUAAAUACAGGGAAAACCUCUACAGGCACAAACGGUUCGAGUGCGGAAUUUCGAGGCAGUUCGCUUGCCCGCAUUGCCCACACAAAUCCAAACAAAAAGUCCACCUGCAAGCUCACAUCGCCCUUAAACACGGCCUCCCCGAAGACUCAUUAUGUUUUUCAACCUUUCCGAUGCGACAGUUGCCCCAAGAGUUACAAAUACAAGGACAGCUUGAACAGGCACAAGAGGUUGGAGUGCGGCAAGGCACGGCAAUUCUCAUGUCCGAUAUGUCCGCACAAGUCUCGGCAGAAAGUACACCUCAUGUCCCAUAUAGCAGGGCCUCCAGCCGCCUCACCUGUGAGUUCUGCUUCAGGACUUACAAGUACAGGAGGAACCUGACCAAACAUCAGAAGUUCGAAUGCGGGAAGGAGCCACAAAUCAAAUGUCCCUUACUAUCAUCCAUCACUAUCGCCAUUGUCCAGGUUUGUCAGUUUAUAACCAUAAUGCCCUUUAUUAAUAUUACGUUGAUCAUUUCAGAUACCGAGCUUGGCUUCACGUGCGACGGUUGUCAGAGGAAGUACAAGCACAAGGGAAGCUUGAAGCGUCACAAAGUCCUCGAGUGUGGAAAGGAAAGGUCGUUUUUCUGCCCUUACUGCACGCACAGGUCGAAACAAUUAGCACAUCUAAAGACGCACAUUGCUUUGAAGCACAAUCCGGACCCUCGCUGAGGUAAAAGUGAAGGAUUGGUGGGCGGUAUGUCUGACCGCAUGAUAAUCUUCCAUGUCCAGUUUUCGAUUGUAUUUUUCACUUUUAUCCACGCCAGGUUGAACUUUAGUAUAAGGGAUGUUUAAAGUCCCAUUGACGAUACAAUAUAAGAAAUGUGUUUUUUUUAUUUACCCAGUGUUUAGAGGUAUUUUGUUA